UCUGAUCGUUCUGUCAUCAGCUGUCUUCUUUUCACAGCCAUCUAUGUUUUUCUGCUCUAAAAUCUCCUUGUCUGUGUAAAAAUUCCCUUUCUCCUCCAAAAAACCUAGAAAUUUCUCACGAGAAUUCGCGAAUCGGAAUCCAUGGAAGACCGUAAGGAGAAGAAUGAGUGGCUAUCAGUUCCCCAAUUUGGAGAUUGGGAUCAAAAGCAUGGUGUGCCGGAUUAUUCCAUGGACUUUUCAAAGAUAAGGGAGAUGAGGAAGCAGAACAAGAAGGAUUUCAGUCGGGCAAGCCUUGGAAAUGAGGAAGAGCUCAUCUCCAACCAGCAUCAUCAGCAUGAACCACUUCGUCAACACCAGCCACACCACAACCAUUCUCCAACUACGAGGAAGAAGAUAUUAAGCUAUUUCAAUUGCUGUAUAAAAGCGUAAGAAUUCCAAGAGCUUUUUGUUUACUUUCGUACUCCACGAAUUGCUAUGACCUGCAGUGGAAGGGGAGAAAGGCCUUCACAUGUUUUUUUUUUUUUUUUUUGUUCUCUUUGUUGCUUGAUUGUUUUGGCUUUUUGAAAAAAAAAGAAAAAGAAAAGAAGAGAAACUUGUGUACUAUGGAGAAUGUGAUGGUUGACAUGUAGGCACAAUGGAUAUUACUAAAUCUACCAUUAUCUUUUGACC